GAGCGCUAUAUGAGACCAGGCGCGGAUACAGAUGCAGCUUUCAUAAAACAGCCGCACAAAUGGAUGGAACCGAGACGAACCGGAGAAACUGUGCGAAAACGGAGCAACAGAAGAUGUUAGACUCAGGAGGAAACCAAAGUGGAUCAAAGGACAGAGUAACUCUUAAAAAAGAAAUUGGUCUCUUGAGCGCCUGCGCCAUAAUUAUAGGCAACAUAAUUGGAUCAGGGAUCUUCAUCUCUCCGAAGGGGGUUCUAGAGCAUGCAGGUAGUGUGGGGUUCUCUCUCAUCGUGUGGGUUCUCGGAGGAGGGAUCUGUGCUCUGGGAUCUCUCUGCUAUGCAGAGCUGGGCGUCACCAUCCCCAAAUCAGGUGGAGAUUACUCUUACGUGACAGAAAUCUUCGGAGGACUUGUUGGGUUCUUGUUGCUGUGGAGUGCAGUGUUGAUUAUGUACCCAACCACUUUGGCUGUGAUUGCACUCACCUUCUCUAACUAUGUGCUGCAGCCUGCCUUCCCAAACUGCCUGCCUCCAUACAUCGCCACGCGGCUUCUCUCAACCACCUGUGUCUUGUUCCUGACAUGGGUGAACUGCUCUAGUGUGCGCUGGGGUACACGGAUCCAGGAUGUCUUCACCGUUGGGAAGCUGCUGGCCCUGGUCCUCAUCAUAGUAGUGGGAAUGGUCCAGAUUGCCAAAGGACAUUAUGAUGCUUUGGAGCCACAGGCAGCAUUUCAGUUUAUAAAGGAUCCAUCAGUGGGGCAGAUUGCUCUGGCCUUCCUACAGGCCUCUUUUGCCUACAGUGGGUGGAACUUCCUCAACUAUGUCACUGAAGAGGUGGUUGAACCACGCAAGAAUCUUCCACGUGCAAUUUACGUCUCCAUCCCCCUGGUAACACUCGUCUAUACUCUCACCAACAUUGCAUACUUCUCCUCCAUGACCCCCCAUGAGCUGCUGGAAUCCAACGCUGUUGCUGUGACAUUUGGGGAGAAACUUUUAGGAAUGUUCUCCUGGGUGAUGCCCAUCUCAGUAGCUCUGUCCACUUUUGGAGGGAUUAAUGGAUACCUGUUCACCUCCUCCAGGUUGUGUUUCUCAGGAGCAAGAGAGGGUCACCUGCCCUCCCUACUGGCCAUGAUCCACCUUAAGAGCUGCACACCAAUCCCUGCCCUGCUUGUUUGUUGUACUGCGACCAUAGUGAUCCUGUGUAUCGGGGACACACAUAACCUGAUAAACUAUGUGUCAUUUAUAAACUACCUCUCAUAUGGAGUCACUAUAGCUGGGUUGCUUUACUACAGAUGGAAAAAACCCAAGAUGUUUAGACCAAUCAAGGUAAACUUGCUAGUCCCUUGCAGCUACCUGGUGUUCUGGGCAGUGUUACUGGGCUUCAGUCUGUACUCAGAGCCAGUGGUGUGUGGUAUGGGGCUGGUGAUCAUGCUCACUGGAGUCCCCAUCUAUUUCAUUGGAGUGUAUUGGAAGAACAAGCCACACUGGAUUUACAAUGCUGUGGAGAGAGUGACCUAUCUGGGGCAGAAGUUGUGUUACGUGGUGUUUCCUCAGGAUGACCUCUCAGAAAUACAGCCCCUUAAAGAGAAAACAGUCAAAUCUGAGCUGUGAGCAUCACCAGAACCUGCACUCCUGUUUGGAAUAGUUUUUGAGGGUUUUCCAUGUCAUUUGCAUCUCAGCCAUUACUGCAGAAGAAACAAACGUUUUUCAUUUAUGGCAAAGACAUCAUAUUUCUUAGUUGCUCUCCCUUUGCAUAUAUUUGUUUUGGACAUCACUUUUUAAUUGAAUGCACUCUCCUCUUAUCACAGGGGAAUUCCUAUGUCCUUUUAAUGUUUUCUGUGGGGUUUUUUCCGUUUUGAGAACUGUUUGUGUAUUCCUGUGUGCCUUACAGGAUUUCUCUCUACCUUUACUACUAUUAGACUUUUUAGUAGUUCAUUGAAGUUCCCUUUUGAGCGAAGAGGACAUGUGAAGGCUAAUGGAGCCUUUGUGCCUCUUUGUUAACCUUGUCAUCAGUGAAUCAGAACUUUCUCACCUAUAGGACUAGACCUAGUCCUCCUAAUAAUUACUUAGUCCCUCAAGCGAAAAAAAGUGAUAAUAUAUAGCUAUGCUCAACUCUCUAUGCAAAAAUAAUCUAUGCAACCUAAAGUAGUAGCUUUAUUUUUUGCUCAUACUGUAUUUACCUCUAAUAGAGACAGAGGAAUUGCACCUUUGCCAUGCUUCCUGAAAAAGCACUAAUCUUUUGCCACUGUUUAACAGAGGCUCUCCCCCAGCACUCGUAAGCACUGCCAGAAACUGCUGCCACCUUAUGCUUAUAAUAGGAACAAUAGGAUGGCUCAUAAUUCAUUUUUCUUUUCAAUGGCCAACGUUAUCUACAUAAAAGGUGCUUGUAAUUUCAAAAGACUAUCUUAGGCAGACACUUUCAACUGCUGUAUAUGCUAGGAGAUGUAUUCCUUCACCCACUAAUGUCUUUAGGUAACCAAGACAUUUGUCUCUUUGACUGGGAUGCCUUUUUUUGGAUGGGAAUGGGUAAAACUUUGGCCAAUUUUCGGUAUUCCACUGAGCUACGCACAAGCAAUAAUAUAUGUCACUACAUUUUUAAACUGACAACCAAACCGAUUCUCCGCCCACUAGAUUUGAUACUGAGAUUAGAAUCUUUUGUACUUACAGUAAAUGUCACUUGAGUGCCCUCUUCUGGUCACAUCUGUUUAAACAUGUGCCCAUACCCUAUAUAGUGAAAGCACUUCAGUGCUUUUCCCUCUCCCUGGGUCCAGCUCAGUGUCUCUCAGUGAUAUGAGGAAUAACUCUGUUAACAUGUCCGUUAGCAGCAAAGCAUUUUGUCAUAAUGCACAGUACAGUGAAAUCUUAUUGUAAAUAUAGCUUCAAGAUUCAAAUACAUCAGGGAUUCAUUGUGAGAUCGCAUUCCUGAAGUCAUAUGUAUUAUGUAUACAUGUGUUCCAUAAUGUAUGCACUAUAGACAUGUAUGCUGAUAUACUUGUGUUUUGUAAAAAUGUUAAAGGUGUUUAUCAUUAACAAUAUUAUCACAUAAAAUUUAAUUCUGAAAACAAGUUUCUAAAAUUGUGCUACUGUGUGUAUUGAAACUGUUGUGAGUAAAAUUGACCUUAUCCAACUAUCCAGGGCAUUGUUC